CGUGUCGACUUCGUGCAAAUCUCGCAUUUGUUUGCGUGUUAUCUUCAUUUCUUGACAUAUAUCAGUGGACUCUGGCGUUUAAUUAGUGCAGUGAUCAGCGCUUUUUCACUUUUAAAUUGACAGUGACCGAACCUGGACGUCUCCAGCGUACAGUAGUAGUAGCCUGUAUGGUAAAGGCUUAUCCGCGCCAGUCAUCUAACGUUAGGUGUUUUCACUCAGAGGAUCAUUGAUAAUGUUGGAGUAUUUAUUGACGAUAUUUCUGGGUUUAAUCUCCGUGCUGCUGUUGUACUCCUUCUGCGGACGGAGGCGGAAGGAUGGUGAACCCCCGCUGAUCAAGGGAUGGAUUCCAUUCCUAGGGAAAGCGCUAGAAUUCAGAAAAAACUCUCAAGAGUUUCUUACACAACUGCAGAAGGAGCAUGGAGAUGAUUUUACUGUACUUAUUGCUGGAAGAUACAUAACAUUUAUAAUGAAUCCUCUCCAGUACCCGUCUGUAGUCAAACAUGGGAAACAGCUGGAUUUCCACACAUUCUCAGACAGCGCAGCAUCUAGGACGUUCGAUUACCCGCCGAUACGCAGUGGUCGUUUCCCGGGCUUGAGUGACCGAAUCCAGAGGGGUUACACUCUGCUGCAGGGACCCGCGCUCGACCUGCUCACAUUCAGCAUGAUGGGAAACCUGCAGAAAGUCCUCAGACAACUGUUCCUGUCCGGUGAAAAGGCUGAUGAUCAUUGGCAACAGGCUGAACUGUACGAGUUUUGUAAAAGCGCAAUGUUUCAGAGCACUUUCAAGACAUUAUAUGGGCAUUCUCCACAUCUGCACCUGGAUCAGCUGAGAAAGGACUUUGAGAAGUUUGAUAACAUGUUCCCUUUACUCAUGGCCCGUAUUCCCAUUGGACUGCUGGGGAAAACCAAAGAAAUUCGUGAGAAGUUGACAAGGGUUUUUUAUCCACAAAGAAUGAUGGAAUGGACGGCCCCAUGCGAGUUUGUACAGACCCGGACGGCUCUUUUCCAGGAAUAUAACACGCUUCAGGACAGAGAUAAAGCAGCGCAUCAUUUCGCCAUGCUUUGGGCAUCAGUGGGAAACACUAUCCCAGCAGCCUUCUGGUGUCUGUACCACCUCAUUUCCUGUCCUGAAGCCCUGGCAGCAGUUCGAGAGGAGAUCAUGAACGUGGUCGGAGAGGAAAACAUGCAGUUGAUCUUCAAAGAGGACAUCACAAUCACACGACAACAGCUAGAACAGAUGGUUUACCUGGAGAGUUCAGUGAAUGAGACUUUGCGUCUCUCCUCUGUGUCCAUGAACAUCCGUGUGGUUCAGGAAGAUUUCUGUCUGCGUCUGGACGGCCAGCGCUCAAUCAACCUGCGCAAAGAUGACAUCAUUGCUCUUUAUCCACAAAGCACACACUUCGACCCCGAAAUAUAUGAAGAGCCUGAGCGCUUCCAGUUUGAUCGUUUCGUGGAGGACGGCAAGGAGAAAACAGACUUCUACAAAUGUGGACAGAAAGUGCGGUACUAUCGCAUGCCUUUUGGCUCAGGAGCCACUCAGUGCCCGGGCCGCUUCUUCGCCAUGAAUGAGCUGAAGCAGUUUGUGUGUGUGACUCUACUCAUGUGUGAAAUGCAGUUGCUAGACGGACAGCAGGAGGCGUCGCUGGACAACAGCCGAGCUGGUCUGGGCAUCUUGCCACCCGCUAAUCCAAUCCCAUUCAAAUACAAAACCAGAAAAACACUGGACUGCACAGACAGGGAGGAAUGAACUCUGUGAAUAGUGAAUGGUUCUUAUAUAAGUUCAUCUAUAUACAGUAGUCAGCGUUUAUAGCGGAUCAAAAAUGUUUAUAUAAAUUCUCCAAGGCAAAAAAAUAAGUGUUGUUCAAUAGUUUUAGGACAGCUUUGAUGAAAGUUCAGAUCCACUUCAAAUGUUGACUGCUGUAUAUUACAUACAUUUUAUAAAAGUGCAUGGGUGUUUUACUUUUUCAUUUCCACAGGUUUCGGUUAAAGAUGUGGUACAUAGGCCUAUUCACACAUUACACUGCCAUUGAAAAAGGGUGCACUGCGGUUUUUAUGUCAGGGUUUGACGCACUACUGUGAACAGAUGUCUUACUGUGUGAAUUAAUGGCAGCUUUUAUCAGACCCCCUAGUUUUUCACAUUUUUUUUUACGAUUUUUUAAUUUAUUUUCGAUAAAAUGACGGAUUUUGUGGUGGUAAUUUGUCAGAAAUUUGUGCACAAUUUA